UUACCCAGCUCUUCAGGGGUGGAAUGGUGCAGUAACAUGGACUGCACUGAACCUCCUGAGGUCAUAUUUCGGCCUCUUCACACUGUUGGAGCAAAGCUGAUAAAAACUGCUUCGUACAGUCCCCUGCAGCUUUUCCAGCUUUUUUUCUCAAAUUCAUUGCUGGCGACCCUGCUGGCUAACUCGAAUGCCUAUGGGUCAAUGCGCCAUGUGGACAAGCCAUGGAAAGACAUAACCAUGAAAGACAUGAUGUCAUACCUGGCACUUGUUAUUUACAUGGGAAUGGUGAGACUGGUUUCAUUGUCGGAUUACUGGAGAAAGUCGGACCUCUACACUCUACCCCUGCCAUCUGGAAUUAUGUCCGGUAGACAGUUUUAUCAUAUUUCCAGAUCUAUCCAUCUGAGUGAUCCGAAGACCGAUGGAGAGAACGAGAAGAAGAAGGGAUCACCAGCCUAUGAUCGACUCUGCAAAAUAAAGCCCAUGUAUAAUGUAAUCAGAGAAGCAAGUAAGGCUUACUUCCAUCCCAAUCAGCAAAUUUCUGUGGAUGAAAGGAUGGUGGCAUCCAAAGCCAGAUCAGGACUAAAACAAUAUAUGAAAAGUAAACCCACCAGGUGGGGAUAUAAACUUUUUGUUCUGGCUGAUUCACUUACCGGCUAUACUUGGGACUUCUUUGUGUAUGAGGGAAAGUCUGCAGCUAAUGAAGUCACCGAAAAUGGUAUGAGUUAUGAUUCAGUCAUGGCUCUGGUAAAUGAGAAGGUGUUGGGAACUGGUUACAAGUUGUUUGUUGACAACUUUUAUACAAGUCCAACCCUCUUCAAAGACCUCCUGAGCAAAAAGAUUUAUGCUUGUGGUACCAUCCGACCAAACAGAAAAGGCUUCCCGAAAACCAUUGUGAACAAGAUGCCCAAGAAAGCACCUCGUGGCACCAUACGCUGGCUAAGGGAUGGCAGUCUGUUGUUUGUGGAGUGGAAGGACACAAGGGAAGUUCUGGUUGCCUCUACCUUUCAUAAAGCCUUCACUGGUGAAACUGUGAAAAGAAGAGUGAAAGGGAGUGAUGGUUCUUGGUCACUCUUGGAUAUCCCCAUUCCAGCUGCUGUAAAGGACUACAAUAGGUACAUGGGGGGAGUGGAUCACUCUGAUGCACUUAUUGGAUAUUACAACGUCCUUCACAAGACCAAAAAGUGGUAUCGGACCUUCUUUUAUCACUUUGUGGACAUCGCAGUUGUGAAUGCUUUCAUUCUGCACCAGGAUUUGGCAAGGUCUAAAAACCAGAGGCCAAUGUCUCAGAAAGCGUUUCGUGAAACCUUGGUCUCAGAGAUGGCAGGACUUCCCACCAAAAAGAAGGUGCCUGACACUCCUCCACGUCCUUCAUGUGGGUGCCACAGUCCUGUGCACAUCACCAAAGACAGCACUGCAGGUAGACGCAAAUGCAAGGUGUGUCGUCAGAAUUCUCCUGUGAUGUGCCACAGCUGUAAUGUAGCUUUCUGCUACCUGCCUAAAAGGAACUGCUUUCUGGAGUACCACUCCCACAAUGAACGCCAAUUGUGACUAAACACUCAGUUUGAGAGAGUACAUUUACGUACAGGUGGAUGAGUGGGCUGAAGAAACCAUCUAAUCCAGUGGUAAUACUUUUUCCCCAUGCGCACUGGACAUUUCACCAGUCACACUGUCUCCCAGUCACCCAGACUCACUGCCUGUAAGUUGUUCUCCCUGAAUGUCCCUCAUAUCCUGUCUUUUUAAUUUUUUUAUACUGAUAUAUUCAAAUUAUGUCCACAGUGUGUGUAAAGCAUUUAUGUAAAGUAUAGAGUUUUUACUUUAUUUUUUAUUUAUAUACCUUUUUUGUAUAUUUUCUUUUUUUGGGGUAAUUGUUUAUCGCUGUGUUUAUUUGCU